UCAUCUGCGGUGAUACGCUAAUAUCUAUAGAUAGUUAUAUUUAUUACAAUAUAUUAAACUGGUCAACCACACCAGUUUAAUAUUUAGACUUUCAAACGUCUUAGAUUGUAACGUCUAUUCACUAAUGAAUAGACGUUACAAUCUCUUUCAUAAUUCAUUUCCAUUCAAAUUCGUUUAGCGUCAGUGCGUCACGACUCACGCCUAUCGCAAAGUGAUUUCGUCUCAAUAAAAUAUUUAAAAAAUGUAUAUAUGUUUUAAAUACUCUCAUAAUUUGUAUUCUUUAUUUUUCGUCAGAGUAUAUUAAUUAAUACUUACUAGUUUCUUUUACACGAAUCAAAUGUCUUGUAAUAGUAAUUCUCAAGAUGAGUUGUACACAUACAUGAAUGUUGAUAAGUUACUUUCGACAGCAGAAGGUCAAAAUUGCAAAUCUUGGAAAUGUCGAGCUGUUGGAAUUUUAAAAAGUGUUAAUGGUCAUUUUUAUUUAAACGAUAUAUAUGAAGAGUCAAAUCUAGAGGCACCAAAACUCUUAGUAUCAAUGUUGUAUCAAGAUGACAUACCAAAUAGUAUAUUACCAAUGACUGUUCAGCUUUUUGGUAUAAUGCAGUGGAUAGAAAAACCAGUUUUAUUAGUUGAAAUAAUACAUGUAAUAAAUCCAAGAAUGGCUGUUAACAUACAAAAUUCACUUAGUUCUAUAGUAAAUUAUUAUAGAAACAACAAACCUCUUUUAAAAAAUAAAUGUGAAAAAUAAACUUUG